GGCCUCAGCGCCGGCCGCCAUUUUGUGCAGUCGCCGGGAAGGAAGGAGACGCCUAAACCGCGGCCCUGCCGGGUUUGAGCGUAGCCAAACCUGCCCACUGACUUUAUCACCCCGAUUCUCUGUGGUUUGCUACCGUCUCCGACGAGAGAGGCGGCGACGGUGGCGUCUGCGACGGGAGAUAGCGCGUCGGAGCGAGAGAGCGUCGCGCCUGCCGCCGCCCCAACAGCGGAGGCGCCGCCGCCAUCGGUCGUCACCAGACCGGAGCCGCAGGCCCUCCCGAGCGCGGCCAUCCGUGCCCCGCUCCCAGACCUCUACCCAUUUGGGACCAUGCGCGGAGGCGGCUUUGGGGACCGGGACCGGGAUCGUGACCGUGGAGGAUUUGGAGCAAGAGGUGGUGGUGGCCUUCCCCCAAAGAAAUUUGGUAAUCCUGGGGAGCGUUUACGUAAAAAGAAGUGGGAUUUGAGUGAGCUCCCCAAGUUUGAGAAGAACUUUUAUGUGGAACAUCCAGAAGUGGCAAGGCUGACUCCAUAUGAGGUUGAUGAACUACGCCGUAAGAAGGAGAUUACAGUGAGAGGGGGAGAUGUUUGUCCUAAACCUGUUUUUGCCUUCCAUCAUGCUAACUUCCCACAAUAUGUAAUGGAUGUAUUGAUGGAUCAGCAUUUCACAGAACCAACUCCGAUUCAGUGCCAGGGAUUUCCAUUGGCUCUUAGUGGCCGGGAUAUGGUGGGCAUUGCUCAGACUGGCUCUGGGAAGACAUUAGCGUAUUUGCUGCCUGCAAUUGUUCAUAUUAACCAUCAGCCAUACUUGGAAAGGGGAGAUGGUCCAAUCUGUCUAGUUCUGGCUCCUACAAGAGAGCUUGCCCAGCAGGUACAGCAGGUGGCUGAUGACUAUGGCAAAUGUUCAAAAUUGAAGAGUACUUGCAUUUAUGGAGGUGCUCCUAAAGGUCCCCAGAUUCGAGACUUGGAACGAGGUGUUGAGAUCUGUAUAGCUACUCCUGGGCGCCUGAUAGAUUUCCUGGAGUCAGGAAAGACAAAUCUUCGCCGAUGUACUUACCUUGUACUGGAUGAGGCUGACAGAAUGCUUGAUAUGGGUUUUGAACCCCAGAUCCGUAAAAUUGUUGACCAAAUCAGGCCUGAUAGGCAGACAUUGAUGUGGAGUGCGACCUGGCCAAAGGAAGUGCGACAGCUUGCGGAGGACUUCCUUCGCGAUUACACCCAGAUCAACGUGGGCAACCUGGAGCUGAGUGCCAACCACAACAUCCUCCAGAUCGUGGAUGUCUGCAUGGAAAGUGAAAAAGACCACAAGUUGAUCCAACUCAUGGAGGAAAUAAUGGCUGAAAAGGAAAAUAAGACAAUAAUAUUUGUAGAGACAAAGAGACGCUGUGAUGACCUCACUCGAAGGAUGCGCAGAGAUGGUUGGCCAGCUAUGUGUAUCCAUGGAGACAAGAGUCAACCAGAAAGAGAUUGGGUACUUAAUGAGUUCCGUUCUGGGAAGGCUCCCAUCCUCAUCGCCACAGAUGUAGCCUCCCGUGGGCUAGAUGUGGAAGAUGUCAAGUUUGUGAUCAACUAUGACUAUCCAAACAGUUCCGAGGAUUAUGUGCACCGCAUUGGCCGAACAGCCCGUAGCACCAACAAGGGCACGGCCUACACCUUCUUCACCCCGGGAAACCUCAAGCAGGCCAGAGAGUUGAUCAAAGUGCUGGAAGAAGCUAAUCAGGCUAUCAAUCCCAAACUGAUGCAGCUGGUGGACCACAGAGGAGGCGGCGGAGGAGGGGGAGGUCGUUCUCGAUACCGGACCGCUUCUUCAGCCAAUAACCCCAAUCUGAUGUAUCAGGAUGAGUGUGACCGGAGGCUUCGAGGAGUAAAGGAUGGUGGCCGGAGAGACUCUGCAAGUUAUCGGGAUCGUAGUGAAACCGAUAGAGCUGGUUAUGCUAACGGCAGUGGCUAUGGAAGUCCAAAUUCUGCCUUUGGAGCACAAGCAGGCCAAUACACCUAUGCUCAGGGCACCUAUGGUGCAGCUGCUUAUGGCACCAGUGGCUAUACAGCCCAGGAAUAUGGCGCUGGCACUUACGGGGCUAGUGGCGCCACCUCAGCUGGGAGAAGUUCACAGAGCUCUAGCCAGCAGUUUAGUGGGCUAGGCCGGUCUGGAGCAGCACCACAGCCACUGAUGUCACAGCAGUUUUGUAAAGCCUCCUGGACUUCUAGUAUGAAAGGUAAUGGGGUAGAAGGUUAUUAUUUUUUUUUUUACCUUCUUUUUUCUUUUUUCCCCUCCUCCUUCACGUAAAUGAACCACUCAAGUGGUAGUGACUUGUGCAGACUUACUACAUUUAAAGGAACGCUGUCUUUCCCUUUUUUUCUGUUCCCCUUCUCUUUUUAAACGCCCCCCCCCCCCAACCAUUGUGGUUUGUCUUUUAUGCAGAUUAGUUAGAAUUCACUGGCAGGGUUCUUCUGCCCGCCCAAUUGAUCCAGUCUGUAAUAGUUUUUGUAAAAAA